AUGGAGUCCGGCGACCUUCCAGAUCCAGACUUGCUCCCAGACUUACUUCCAGAAGUGUCCGCUAGCGGAUCGAAGAAGUCUGUGAAGAGGAAGGGAGGGAGAUUGGGCGACAAGAAGAAGAAGAGCAGGAAGGAGAGCAACGCCGUGUACAUCUACCGCGUGCUGAAGCAAGUCCAUCCCGACAACGGGGUUUCAUCGAGGGCUAUAUCCAUCAUGGAUUCGCUCGUGAACGAUGUCUUCGAGCGCAUCGCUGCAGAAGCUUCCCGUCUUGCUCACCACAGUAAGAAGACCACCCUCUCCUCUCGUGAGAUUCAGACCGCCGUUCGUCUGAUUCUGCCUGGAGAACUGGCCAAGCAUGCUGUCUCCGAAGGCACAAAGGCUGUCACCAAGUACACUUCCAGCAAGUAA